UCCACAUAGUACUUGUACAAGUGUAAUUAGAUGUUAGAGAAAUUAUACGAGCAAAAUGAAGCGCGGAUUUUACGUUAUUGUUUUCGCAUUUAUUCCUGCCAUCUUGGCUAGAAUUCCAAAUGUAAAUAAGAAAGUAGGAUCUCAUCUACAAGAAUACAGUACUUGCCUGACUCAAAUCGAUAUCACUGAAAAUGAUAUAUACACAGUAGGAGAUCUAAUACAUGAUAGAUAUAAGGAAUCUGAAAAUGAAGAAAAAGUAAAGAAAAAUGGUUGUUUGGUACAUUGCCUAUUACAAAAGCAAAACUUGAUAGAAGAAUUGGAUUUGAACGUAGAGAAAUUACAUACUGAGCUUACUAAAAAAACGAAUGCCCAGCCAGGAGACAAUGUUCACAAAGCUCUGGAUGAAUGUAUAGAAAAAGUAAAAGAUAUUACAGAUAAAUGCGAGAAAAGCUUUGCUUUAUAGCAUGUUACU